GUCUUCAGUCUCGUAGCGGCGGGCCGGAGGGAAGGAGCUACGUGACCCUGAGAAGACAGUUGUCGGAUUUUUGUUCCGUUCUCUGCAUCGCUCCAAUCUUUCUCUCGCGUUAUUCUUUAUUUGUCAUUUUAUUUGAUGCGAAACGGCGAAAUUGAUUUCCUUUACAAUAUCUUCCGGCCUCGUAAACGCGUAUCGCUAUCAGCGGCCACUCGCCCACGCGUGUGAGUUUCGUUCCGUUCUGGUGUAGUGAAUACUCAUCGGCGGAUUUUCGUAGACGGACCUUCAGUGGUGUACAUGUACCCCGGGACUAGAAUUUCGUCGUAGAACGUAGGAGAAACAAACAAAUAUGCUGAUAAGAGAAUUGGCGGCCGUUUGGGUCGCCGUCCUCUUGUGCCAUCUUCAGCUAACGGAGUCUCAGGUUCCUGCUGCGAAUAUCUUCACCUGUCCAAACGGAUGGGAACUGCGAGGCAUACACUGUUAUAAGUUCUUCAACAUCAGGCAUUCCUGGGAAAAAGCGGCGGAAUUAUGCAGGAGAUACGGAAGCGAGCUGAUGGUGGUCGAGUCGUACAGCGAGAACAACAUGUCGGCGAGCAUGAUCGGCCGGCAUUUGGAUCAUUACUGGCUAGGUCUUGCUUCACUCGACGAUUUACGGACCAACACACUCGAAUCCGCCGCGGGAAUGCUCGUCUCUCAAUAUGCCGGUUUCUGGGCGCCGAGACAACCGAAUCCACACUCGGGCGAGUGCGUGGAUGUCGCCUUGACGGAUGACCGACAAACGUGGGAAUUGACCACGUGCGAGUCACUUCUUCCUUUCAUGUGUCGUGCCAACGCCUGUCCUUCCGGUUCGUUCCACUGUUCGAACGGCAAGUGCAUCAACGCAGCGUUCAAGUGCGACAAGCAGGACGACUGUGGCGAUUAUUCCGACGAACUGGACUGUCCGGCUAAUUGCCAAUAUUAUAUGGCGAGCAGCGGCGACGUCGUGGAGAGUCCGAAUUACCCGCAUAAAUAUGCACCCCUCAGCAAUUGCAAAUGGACGCUCGAAGGCCCUCAAGGACACAAUAUUCUUCUGCAGUUCCAAGAAUUCGAGACCGAGAAAAGCUUCGACAUAGUGCAGAUCCUCGUAGGCGGUAGAACCGAGGAGAAGUCCGUGAAUCUCGCGACUCUUUCCGGCAAGCAAGAACUGAGCAACAAACACUUCGUCUCUGCCUCGAACUUUAUGAUUAUCAAGUUCAGCACCGACUCUUCGGUAGAGAGGAAGGGUUUUCGCGCUUCCUGGAAAACCGAGCCCCAGACCUGCGGCGGAAUUCUUAGAGCGACGCCGCAAGGACAGGUGCUCACUUCUCCGGGAUACCCGCAAAAUUAUCCUGGAGGACUCGAGUGCCUGUACAUUUUACAAGCUCAGCCGGGACGCAUAAUGUCCGUGGAGAUCGAGGACUUGGAACUCGAAAUGAAUCGAGAUUAUAUCCUUGUCAGAGAUGGAGACUCACCCAUGAGCCGACCGAUCGCUCGUCUCACGGGAAAAUUAGAGGACAAUCCGGCAGUGAUCAUGUCCACCGGAAACAAUUUGUAUUUGUACUUUAAAACGAGUCUCGGCGAUUCCAGGCGUGGUUUCAGCAUUCGCUUCACGCAAGGCUGCAAGGCUACGAUCAUCGCGAGAAAUGGCACAAUUCAGUCGCCUUCUUAUGGUCUCAACGAUUAUCCUAAUAAUCAGGAAUGUUUGUACAGAAUCAGAAAUCCGGAUAGAGGACCAUUGUCUCUGAAAUUUAUUAGUUUCAACGUUCACAAAACUGACUACGUGCAGAUAUAUGACGGUUCCAAUACAAACGGUCUGCGCUUACAUCCCGGAAGCGGUUUCACCUCUAACAUUCGACCCAAGAUCACGCUCACUGCGGAAAGCGGAGAAAUGCUCGUCAGAUUUGCCUCCGACGCUUUGCACAGCAGCACCGGCUGGCAAGCUGAAUUUUCUGCCGACUGUCCGCCAUUACAACCCGGCGAGGGAGCACUAGCAUCGAGUCGGGACACAGCUUUCGGCACGAUAGUUACGUUCUCCUGCCCACUAGGACAAGAAUUUGCCACAGGAAAGUCGAGGAUCUCUACGGAGUGUCUGCCCGGAGGAAAUUGGUCCGUUACAUAUAUUCCCAAAUGUCAAGAAGUAUACUGCGGUCCCGUACCUCAAAUCGACAAUGGAUUCUCGAUUGGCUCCUCGAACGUUACUUAUCGCGGAUUGGCGACCUAUCAGUGUUACGCAGGAUUUGCGUUUCCUUCAGGAAGGCCGACGGAAAAGAUUUCAUGCCUGGCGGACGGAAGAUGGGAAAAGAAGCCGUCUUGUUUAGCAUCUCAAUGCGCUCCGCUGCCGGAGGCUCCUCAUUCUAACAUAACUAUCUUGAACGGAGGUGGUCGAAGUUACGGCACGAUUGUUAGAUUCGAAUGCGAACUCGGUUACGUACGAAGUGGCCAUCCUGUCAUCCUUUGCAUGAGCAAUGGAACUUGGUCCGACGAAGUGCCAACGUGUUCUCGUGCAAAAUGUCCGCUACUGCCGACAAUUAAAAACGGAUUUGUCGUCGAUACCGGCAAAGAUUACUUCUUCGGCGAUGAAGCCAGGGUGCAAUGUAACAGAGGCUACAAACUAACUGGAUCAAAUAUCAUACAAUGUGGACCCUAUCAACGAUUCGAUAAUGUACCGACUUGCGAAGACAUAAACGAGUGCGCAUCGAGUCAAUGCGACCUGGCGUCCACGGAGUGCAUAAACAAUCCAGGUGCAUUUACCUGCAAGUGUAAGUCGGGAUUCGCACCGACGAUGGAGUGUCGACCUAUCGGCGAUCUUGGGCUAAUCAACGGCGGCAUUCCCGACGAAUCGAUCACGGUUUCCAGCUCGGAAAAUGGAUACACGAAAACCGGAAUUCGUUUAAACAACGGCGACGGCUGGUGCGGCAACAACAUCGAGCCGGGCACGAAUUGGGUUGUAAUCGACAUGAAGGCACCGACUAUUAUUCGCGGCUUCCGUACGCAGGUCGUAGCUAGGUUGGACGGGAACAUCGCGUACACGUCAGCUGUACGGAUUCAGUACACGAACGAUCUGACGGACAUCUUCAAGGACUAUACCAACCCGGACGGUACGCCGGUAGAGUUUAGAAUUUUAGAGGCGACGCUCUCUGUUUUGAACCUGCCGAUGCCGAUCGAGACGCGCUACAUUAAAUUCAAGAUACAGGAUUACAUCGGCGCGCCGUGCAUGAAGUUAGAGAUAAUGGGCUGCACAAGACUGGAAUGCGCCGAUAUUAAUGAGUGCGCAGUCAGGAAUGGCGGUUGUCAUCAGAAAUGCAUCAACAAUCCUGGUAGUUACUCCUGCAUGUGUAACACUGGUUUCGAAUUAUACAAGGGCAACGGCACAGCUGGAUUCAACCUGGCGAAAUCCGAGACCGGUGAGAGGGAUGGCGAUCUCUAUCAGAGAAACAAGACAUGCGUGCCAGUGAUGUGUCCUCCAUUAACGUCGCCGGAAAAUGGAAAAUUACUCUCGACCAAGGAGCAGCAUCAUUUUGGCGAUCUUGUCAGAUUUCAGUGCAAUUUUGGUUACGUAUUAUCAGGAACUUCGGCUUUAAUUUGUACGUCUUCCGGUGUCUGGAACGGAACUAUUCCCGAAUGCCAAUAUGCGAAAUGUGUGUCAUUACCGGACGACAAAAAUGAAGGUCUUUCCGUGAUCCGAAACGACGAAACCAGCGUACUGGUACCUUUCAAGCAGAAUGUUACUCUCAAGUGCGGUAGUAACGGCCGUUACUUGCGCAACACCGCAACUUCCGCUUUUCGGCAGUGCAUUUACGAUCCUAAGCCCGGUUUACCUAAUUACUGGUUGUCCGGUUUGCAGCCGGCUUGUCCCCGCGUGGACUGCGGCAAACCUCUUCCCACGCCUGGCGCCGAGUACGGCCAGUAUCUCGAUUCCAAAUACCAGUCGUCCUUCUUCUUUGGCUGUCAGGACACCUUCAAGUUGGCUGGUCAGACCAACCGUAACGACAACGUCGUGCGUUGCCAGGCGAACGGCGUCUGGGACUUUGGAAAUCUGCGAUGCGAGGGUCCGGUCUGCGAAGAUCCUGGCAGACCGAGUGACGGCUAUCAGAUAGCACGAAGCUACGAGCAAGGCUCGGAAGUGCAGUUCGGCUGCGGUAGACCUGGCUACAUUCUCAUCAAUCCACGACCGAUUGUCUGCAUCCGCGAGCCUGAAUGCAAGGUUGUCAAACCACUCGGUCUCACUUCCGGACGAAUCCCGGAUUCGGCUAUAAACGCUACUUCCGAGCGAGCUAAUUACGAAGCCAGAAACGUUCGAUUAAAUUCCGUGACCGGCUGGUGCGGCAACAAGGAUGCCUUCACGUACGUCAGCGUCGAUCUCGGCCGAAUCCACCGAGUAAAGGCGAUUUUAGUGAAGGGCGUCAUCACCAAUGACAUCGUCGGUAGACCUACGGAAAUUCGACUCUUCUAUAAGCAGUCGGAGAGCGAAAACUACGUCGUCUAUUUCCCAAACUUCAAUCUGACAAUGCGCGAUCCAGGAAAUUACGGCGAACUGGCGAUGAUCACUCUGCCAAAAUACGUGCAAGCUCGCUUCGUUAUUCUUGGUAUUGUCAGCUACAUGGAUAACGCCUGUCUAAAGUUUGAACUAAUGGGAUGUGAGGAACCGGUGGUCGAGCCGUUGUUGGGUUACGAUUACGGAUUCUCGCCGUGUGUGGACAACGAGCCGCCAGUAUUCCAAAACUGCCCGCAGCAACCCAUAGUAGUGCAGAAGGGAGAAGAUGGCGAAUUGCUUCCGGUGAAUUUCACAAUUCCAACGGCAAUCGACAACAGUGGAAGCAUCGCUCGGCUGGAAGUAAAGCCGCAGAGUUUCAAAACGCCUAUUCGGAUCUUCAAGGAUACGGUCGUGAAAUACGUGGCCUUUGAUUAUGACGGCAACGUUGCGAUUUGCGAAAUUAACAUUACCGUGCCCGAUAUAACUCCACCACAACUAAAGUGUCCCCAGAGCUAUGUCAUCGAACUGUUAGAACGACAAGAAAGUUAUUCCAUCAAUUUUAACGAAACACGAGAUGAUAUCAAAGCCACGGACGUAUCCGGUCCUGUGAAGAUCACUUUUGUGCCAGAACGCGCUAUGAUUCGAGUCGGUAACUUUGAAAACGUCACAGUACAUGCAACAGACUCGAGCGGCAACCGAGCAUCUUGCCAUUUCCAAGUUUUGGUCCAGGCUACGCCCUGUGCCGAUUGGGAAUUGAAACCGCCAGCUAACGGCGGUCUAAAAUGUGUCGCCAAAGAUAAGAGAACGCAAUGUAUAGCAACUUGCAAGACUGGAUACAGAUUCACGGACGGCGCACCAUUAAAGACAUUCGGAUGCGAAAACAAACGGUGGACGCCUUCGUCGGUGGUUCCCGAUUGCGUUUCCGAAAACACGCAACAAGCUGAUUAUCAUGUAAUCGCCUCACUAACUUAUCGCGCGAAUGGCGCUGUUUCACAAUCUUGCUUGCCCCUGUAUCAGGAUCACAUGGCUCAACAUUAUAUGGAUAUCAAUGAUGUUUUGACUAAACGUUGCUCCGGUCUCAGUGUGAACAUGAAUGUAUCUUUCAUCAAAUCGAUGCCUUCCUUAAUCGACGAAAAUCUUCUCAAGAUGGACUUUGUCUUGGUCGUUGUACCGGAAGUACGUCAAACGCAAUUAUACGAACAUUGCGGAGCCACAUUAUCUCUGAUCUUCGAUUUAUCGGUCCCGUAUGCGAAUGCAGUUAUCGAGUCUCUAUUAAACGUAUCUUCGAUUGGUAAUCAAUGUCCGCCUCUUCGAGUUCUCAGAUCAUCCAGUAGCAAAGGUUUCACGUGCAGCGUCGGUGAAGUAUUAAACAUGGAUACCAAUGAUGUUCCUCGAUGUCUGCACUGUCCGGCCGGAACUUUUGCUGGUGAAAAGCAGAAACAGUGCACAGCCUGUCCAAAGGGCUUCUAUCAGAACAGCGAUCGUCAGGGUUCUUGCUUGCGCUGUCCAUUCAGCACUUAUACGAAAGAGGAAGGCUCAAAGAGUAUAGAUGAUUGUAUACCAGUUUGCGGUUACGGCACGCACUCGAAUACCGGUCUGGUGCCUUGCCUGGAGUGUGACAUACAUUUUUAUACCGGCGAACCGCCGAUAAGCGGCUACACGAAAUGCCUGCCCUGUCCGGCUGGUACAUUCACGUAUCAACCGGCCGCGUCUAGUCGCGAUCAUUGUCGCCCCAAGUGUUCUCCGGGCAUGUAUUCAGACACGGGAUUAGCCCCGUGCGCUCAGUGUCCUAAAAACUUCUACCAGAUGAAUCAUGGUCUUACCACCUGCGACGAGUGUACCACGAACAAGUACACGAACGGAUCCGGUUCGGUGCAUCGCGACGAAUGUAAGCUUGUCGAGUGCACCAACGAUACAUGCCAGCACAACGGUAUCUGCGUGCCAAUGGGACACGACGUGCAUUGUUAUUGUCCGGCUGGCUUCUCCGGUAGAUACUGCGAAAUCGACAUAGACGAGUGCGCGUCUCAGCCAUGUUACAAUGGUGCUACUUGCAUCGAUCUGCCACAAGGCUACAGAUGCCAAUGCGCUAACGGCUAUUCCGGUAUCAAUUGUCAGGAGGAGAAAUCAGACUGUACCAAUGACACGUGUCCGGAGAGAGCUAUGUGCAAGGACGAGCCUGGAUUUAACAAUUACACUUGCCUCUGUCGAUCUGGAUACACCGGAGUCGAUUGCGACAUCACUAUAAAUCCGUGCACAGCUAGCGGAAAUCCUUGCAACAACGGCGCAACGUGUGUGGCUCUUCAACAGGGCCGCUACAAGUGCGACUGCUUGCCAGGAUGGGAAGGUCAGAGCUGCGAGAUUAAUACCGAUGAUUGCGCCGAGCGACCCUGCCUGCUCGGCGCCAACUGCACUGAUUUGAUCGCCGAUUUCGCCUGCGAUUGUCCGCCUGGAUUUACCGGCAAACGCUGCCACGAGAAGAUUGACUUAUGCUCGGGCAAUCCUUGUUUAAAUGGAAUCUGCGUGGAUAAGCUCUUCAGUCACGAAUGCAUCUGCCAUAGCGGGUGGACCGGCGCGGCUUGCGAAACUAACAUCAACGAGUGCGCUUCGAAACCGUGCAGGAAUAACGGUCAGUGCAUUGAUCAAGUUGGUGAUUAUUCCUGCACCUGCGAGCCUGGUUAUACCGGCAAGCAGUGCCAGCAUACGGUCGAUGAUUGCGCAUCCGAUCCUUGCCAGAAUGGUGCUACGUGCUUAGAUCAACUGGAGGGAUUUGUUUGCAAAUGUAGACCCGGCUACGUCGGGUUGCAAUGCGAGGCGGAAAUUGAUGAGUGCCUCAGCGAUCCUUGCAAUCCGGUUGGUACCGAUCGCUGUGAGGAUCUCGAUAACACCUUUGUUUGUAAUUGCCGCGAAGGUUACACCGGCGCGUUGUGCGAGAUCGAUAUUGAUGACUGCAAGUCUGAUCCAUGCCUGAACAAUGCGAUGUGCAUAGAUGAAGUUGGCGGCUUCAAGUGCGUGUGCCCAGAGGGAUGGACCGGAAUUUACUGUCAGAUAGACGUCGGCAUGUGUCAGAAUCGACCAUGUCAGAACGAUGCCGCAUGCGUGGACUUGUUUAUGGAUUAUUUCUGCGUCUGCCCAUCCGGUACCGAUGGCAAGCAAUGUGAAACAGCACCGGAACGUUGCAUCGGAAAUCCGUGCAUGCAUCAUGGUCGUUGUCAAGAUUUCGGUUCAGGCUUGAAUUGUACCUGCCCCGACGAUUAUACGGGAAUCGGUUGUCAAUACGAAUACGAUGCCUGUCAGGCCGGCGCUUGCAAAAACGGUGCUACUUGUAUCGACGAGGGCCCUGGAUUCACCUGCAUAUGUCCUCCAGGAUAUACAGGCCAAACUUGCGAGGAGGAUAUAAUUGACUGUAAAGAGAAUUCUUGUCCGCCAUCGGCGACUUGUAUCGAUCUUACCGGCAAAUUCUUCUGCCAAUGUCCAUUUAAUUUAACUGGCGACGAUUGCAGAAAAUCCAUCCAAGUGGAUUAUGACUUGUACUUUAGCGAUCCGGGACGAAGCAGUGCUUCACAGAUUAUUCCAUUUUUCACUGGUUCCACGAAGAGCUUGACUGUCGCUAUGUGGGUGCAAUUUACGCAGAGAGAUGAAGCUGGAAUUUUCUUCACUCUUUAUAGCGUCAGUUCGCCACAUGUUCCAACAAACCGCAGACUUAUGAUCCAAGCACACAGUAAUGGAAUUCAGAUAUCCCUCUUCCACGACUUGCAAGAUGUUUAUCUACCAUUCAGAGAAUACGCGACUAUAAAUGACGGACAAUGGCAUCACGUCGCAGUUGUAUGGAAUGGGGAAAAUGGUGGAGAGCUCACUCUAAUUACGGAGGGCCUCAUCGCUAGCAAGACCGAAGGCUAUGGUAGCGGCAGAUCACUUUCAGCGUAUGCCUGGGCCGUGUUAGGUAAGCCGCAAAGCGAGAACAUAAAGGGCUACACGGAAUCGGGCUUCCAAGGUCAUCUGACCAAGGUGCAAGUCUGGGGCCGCGCAUUGCACGUGACGAAUGAGAUUCAGAAGCAGGUACGCGAUUGUCGCACGGAACCGGUUCUGUAUCAGGGUCUGGUGCUGACAUGGGCGGGAUACGACGACACCAUAGGUGGAGUCGAGAGAAUUGUGCCAUCGCAUUGCGGACAGCGAGUAUGUCCGCCCGGUUACGGUGGCAACAGAUGCCAGCAACUCGAGGCCGACAAGAUUCCGCCCAAGGUGGAGCAUUGUCCGGGUGAUCUUUGGGUGAUCGCAAGGAACGGAUCGUCCAUCGUCACUUGGGACGAGCCGCGUUUCAGUGACAAUGUCGGUAUCACGAAGAUACAGGAGAAAAACGGGCAUCGAUCCGGACAGACUCUGAUGUGGGGCACUUACGAUAUCAGUUACGUGGCUUACGAUCAAGCUGGAAACUCGGCUAGUUGCAGUUUCAAAGUUUACAUAUUGUCGGACUUCUGUCCGACACUGGAUGAUCCCAUCGGUGGCACGCAACAGUGCAAAGACUGGGGCUCGGGAGGCCAAUUUAAGGUUUGUGAAAUUUCUUGCAACACCGGACUUCGAUUUUCGCAGGAAGUUCCCAAAUUCUACACGUGCGGUGCGGAAGGCUUCUGGAGGCCCACCAAUAAUCCUAGUCUACCUUUGGUGUAUCCAGCUUGUACAAGCUCUACGUCAGCGCAAAGAGUCUUCAAAAUUAAGAUGAACUUCCCGACAUCGGUGCUCUGCAACGAGGCCGGUCAGGGUGUACUCAAGCAGAAAGUUCGAAACGCCGUGAAUUCAUUGAAUAGAGACUGGAACUUCUGUUCUUAUUCUUAUGAAGGAACUCGCGAAUGCAAGGAUCUUAAUAUCGAUGUGCAAUGCGAUCAUCGCAUACGCACGACGAGAGAAACGAGCGAGGAGGACGGCGGAACUUACGUCAUUUCCGCGAUUAUGCCCGUAGAACCAACGAGACAGGGUCGUCAAGGCAGUGACACUUACGAGGUGGAGAUCUCGUUCCCAGCAAUAAACGAUCCGAUCCUAAACACCAACUCGAACGAGCGCUCGACCGUGCAGAUGUUGCUCGAAAAAUUGAUCCUAGAAGAGGACCAAUUCGAUGUUCACGAUAUUUUGCCCAACACUGUGCCGGAUCCUGCAUCUCUCAUCCUGGAAUCCGACUAUGCCUGCCCGAUAGGACAAGUUGUCAUGGCGCCAGAUUGCGUACCGUGCGCGGUAGGCACUUAUUAUAACGAAGAGACGAUGCAGUGCGUGUCCUGUCCAGUGGGCACUUACCAGAGUGAGUCCGGACAGUUAAAAUGCAAUUCCUGCCCGGUGAUCGCCGGUCGUCCGAGUGUGACGAUGGGUCCUGGCGCUCGUAGCGCGGCUGACUGCAAGGAGCGAUGUCCAGCCGGCAAGUACUACGACGACGUGGCCGGUCUCUGUCGCAACUGCGGUCACGGAUUCUAUCAGCCGAACGAGGGUAGCUUCUCAUGUCUGCUAUGCGGUCUCGGAAAAACCACGAGGACCACCGAUGCGGUAUCCCGCGAGGAAUGCCGGGACGAGUGCGGAUCCGGACAGCAGUUGGCCGUCGAAGGAAAAUGCGAGCCUUGUCCCCGCGGCACGUAUCGCACUCAGGGAGUGCAAGCAUCCUGCCAAGCUUGUCCUCUCGGUAGAACGACCCCGAGUAUGGGAUCCGCCGCGAUAGAAGAAUGCUCGCUUCCGGUCUGCGAGCCCGGGACUUACCUCAACGGAAGUCUCAACGAUUGCGUGGAAUGCAAAAAGGGAACGUAUCAGUCGGAACCACAGCAGACCUUCUGUAUUCCUUGUCCACCGAACACCAGCACCAAAGGAUCCGCUGCUACGAAGAAGGCAGACUGCACGAAUCCAUGCGAGACGAGCGGCACGGAGAUGCACUGCGAUGCAAACGCAUAUUGUCUACUUAUACCGGAGACGAGCGACUUCAAAUGCGAGUGCAAGCCUGGAUAUAAUGGCACCGGAACCGUCUGCACAGACGUUUGCCUUGGCUACUGCGAUAACGAAGGUGUCUGUUUGAAGGAUUCGCGCGGACAACCCUCGUGCCGAUGCAGCGGCAGCUUCACUGGCAAACAUUGCACGGAUAAAUCCGAGUUCUUCUAUAUCACCGGUGGCAUAGCGGGAGGCGUUAUCUUGAUAAUCAUUGUGGUGCUGCUCGUCUGGAUGAUAUGCGUCAGAGCCUCUAGAAAGAAGGAACCGAAGAAAAUGCUCACCCCAGCGACUGACCAGAAUGGCUCUCAGGUAAACUUCUAUUACGGUGCGCCAACACCGUACGCCGAGUCGAUAGCACCGUCACAUCACAGCACAUAUGCUCAUUAUUAUGACGAUGAAGAAGAUGGAUGGGAAAUGCCCAACUUUUAUAACGAGACUUACAUGAAAGAGAGCCUGCACAACGGAGGCAAGAUGAAUAGCCUUGCCCGAUCAAACGCCAGCAUUUAUGGCACAAAAGACGAUCUUUACGACAGACUGAAGCGUCAUGCGUAUACGGGUAAAAAAGAUAAGAGCGACAGCGACAGCGAAGGCCAGUGACCGGGUAGAACAAUGACUUUCAUGCCAACGUAGAAUACGAAAAUGCGAGAGAUAUCGGUGUAAUCAGACGAAGCGACGACGGUAUCUCAUCCUUCGUGCGACGUCGCCGUCGUCGUUGCUCCAACCCGAUCGACGGAUCGUGUUAUUUAUUGCAUACCUUCUAUAUGACGGCGCCGAGAUCCGCGGUCGUCUAGAUCGGGCGACUGGACGUGAGAGGAGAGAGACGGAGAGAGGCUCGAUCGGAGCCGCGGAAUCUCGCGUCGAUCUCCAAGAGACGCGCGUCCGGCGAUCGACGCAAGAGUCCUGGAACGACGAUCGGCAGAUCGUCGCUUCGGCACGCGUUUACUCGAGCCGGAAAUCUAAGGCGCGCAACGUAAAAAAGGAAAAAAAAAAGGAUAAAAUAAACGGAGCUCAUUCGUCUUUUCGUGAAGUGAAAUUCGAUGCGUGUUCAAUGAUUAAAGAGACUUACGCGCGAGGUUGUAAUUUUUGUAAUUUAAUACUGCGUAUAGACAUGUAUGUUAAGGACCAUCCCGACAUCACUCACCAUCACACAUUCCAGUUCCCUUCCCCCCUUUUUUUUUAUUAACCCGUAAGAUUAACAGUGCGUACGUGAGAGAAACUGUGUGUGCUUGUAUAUGUUAAUAUAACUAUAUAAGUACGUAGAUUUAUAUUUUGUUACUCGAAAGGCAUCAUCGUUGUAAUAUAAUAAAUGCGCGGAGACGCGCGCCAAGAGCGCAACCGGAGGGAGGCAAAAGUUUGGCGAGAUUUCAAGUUUAAUUUCAGCGACUGCGAAGGAAUCGGAAGAAAGGAGAGAAAAGAAAAAGUCUCGCGAAAAUACCUGCGACGUGAGAAGACCGAUUUGAUUUGCGAUAAUUGAAAAAAAAACUUUGGCAACUUUUACAAUGUACUCUCUCACGUGACGAUAAUCUCUUUGUAAAGACGGGAAUGUAGAGAGCCGCCGAGCGUGACAAACGAUGAACUUUGUGUCUGCGCGGCGAGUGUGCACCGAACGAUGCUUACCAUGCUGUUUUUUUCAUUUAUGUUGUAAAAACUUUAAUAAAUAGUUGUUUUUUUAUUAAUAAAAUGUCCCUGUGUCCCCAUUUUA